AUGGCAGCUAAACUCAUGCGCGCGGUUCAGUAUGACCGUUACGGCGGCGGAGGAGCGGCGCUCAAGGUAAACCGGUUCCAGGCUUGCUCCUGACCAGCUUUUCUUCGUUCUCUCUGUCGGCCCCGCUGGAGGGACGACGAUGAAGCCUCGAGUUUUUGUUAAAACCGCCGGCACUGCAUCAAUUAAAUGGAAACUUUGGAACCAUCCCUGCUUCAGUUAAUUUGACUGGUUCCUAUCUUUGGUUUUACGCGGCAGCUCGUUGAGGUAUCAAUUCCUUCGCCGAAGAAAGGUCAACUCCUGCUGAAAGUGGAAGCGACUAGUCUGAAUCCGGCCGACUGGAAGAUUCAGAAGGGGAUGCUGCGCCCCUUUCUUCCACCAAAAUUUCCCUUCACCCCAGGUGAUCAUUCCUCCGAUUAUUAUUAUCAUUAUUUUCGGUGUUUCUCAGAAUCCAAGAGCUCUUUCGUGAAUUAUCGCCCAUUUUGAUCUCAAAUCAGAAGCUUGACGUGUGCUUUUUUUUUUUUUUGUUUCCUCUGAUUUUCAUUGUCAUUGAAAAAUCCAUGCCAAAAUUUGUUCACUCUUGUUCUAAGCUCCAUGCCACACGGGUCUCCUCCUAUCUCCUGCAUCCCCCACCUGUUGCUCCCCCACGAAGAACAUGAUUUCCUUUUAUUUUACCAUUUUUUUCCAAAAUUGGUCGAAUAUGGCCAUUUCUAGCUGGGUUUUACUCUUCUCCUAUUGUCAUUAUCAUCACCGAAAACCUGGACAGAAUUUCUGAAACCUGCGAAUUUUCCAAUGAAAAAUUUAAAAGCUCAAAUGGGUUUUCUUGCCCUUAAAUCUUCAUCACGCUCACUCAAAAUCUAGACAGGUUGCUAAAUUUGAGCAUUACCCACUGAAAAUUAUACAACUCAACACGGGUUUCAUUACAUCCCAUCUUCAUUCAUCUUAAAUGAAACCCUUGACGAAAAGGGAUUUGAUUUUUGCUAUUUUCCUGUGAAAUAGGGACCUGUGUGGCAGGAGAGGUCGUGGAAGUUGGCCAAGGAGUGACCGCUUUCAAAGCAGGAGACAAGGUCAUAACCUUGCUUCAUUUUACGGUAAGCUCAUUAUCAUCCUGCUCCCACCUCCACCCCCCCCCCCCCUUCCCUUUUUUUAGCAAUUUUCUCUGAAAGAAUGAACAGAAAAGAACAGAUAUAUGCAUACAUAUAUUGUAAACAAAAAUUGAAAUGCAUUAUUGAUCAUAUCUGGGUUUUUUUUUUUCAGCUAAAUACCUCCAUCUUUUUUAAUCCAUUGCUUCCAGUACAUGCUUUAAAUAAAAGCGGGGAAAAAUAAUGAAAGAGAUUGAUAUUAUUUCUAAUUUUGGGUGUUUUAUCCCUGAAAAUUAUUUACCCUAAAAUGUCUCAUCUAUCCUCUCUCCUUUGCAUUCCGCAUGCGUGGUUUUUUAUUUAUUUUUAAAGGCAUCAUAAUUCCCAUGCAGUGGCUUCAAAGAUCUUCAUUUCUGGUCUAUUUCUUCCGAGAGGGGAAGAUCCCAUGUAAGAUCUUCCGAAAUUCAUAUCCUGCAAGUAAAAACUCAUUUUUUUUAAAAGAAAAAGAAAAGAAGAGAAGAAAGAUAAAAGAGAUUGAUCGAUUUUGUUUGCAUACAAAACUCCCUUCCUUCAAGAAUCCUCAAGAUCCCCUUCAAAAUUCACUGGCUUUUGUAAACCGAACGAUCUAUGAACAGGUGGCUGGCGGCCUCGCCGAGUACGCGGCGGCGGAGGAGAAGCUCACCGUCCACAGACCCGCCGGAAUCUCGGCGGCGGAAGGCUCCGGCAUCCCCAUCGCCGGCCUCACCGCCCUCCACAGCCUCCGCAGCCUCGGGAUCAACCUCGACGGUGUUGACAAGCCCAUCAACGUCCUGGUCACCGCCGCCUCCGGCGGCAUCGGCCACUACGCCGUCCAGCUCCUCAAGCUCGCGGGCGACGUCCACGUCACUGCCACCUGCGGGGAGAGAAACCUGGAGCUGGUGAAGAAUCUGGGGGCCGACGAGGUGCUGGACUACAAGUCUCCCGGCGGCGCCGCCUUGGAGAGUCCCACCGGGAGGAAGUACGACGCCGUGGUGAACUGCGUCGCCGGCAUCCCUUGGUCAACGCUCAAGGCCAACUUGGCCGCCGGCGGGAAGGUCGCCGACGUCGCCGCCACCGCUGGCGACAUGCUGAGGGCGGCGCUGCAGAAGGUGUGCUUCUGCAAUAAGCGGCGGUUCCCGUUAAUAUCGACUCCGGAUGGGCCUGGGCUGGAGUUUUUGGUGGGCCAGAUGAUGGAAGGGAAGCUGAGGACGGUCGUUGACUCCAAGUUCCCUCUGAAGAGGGCGGCGGAGGGCUUCGACAAGAGCAUCGAGGGCCACGCCACGGGGAAGAUCGUUGUCGAGAUAUUCUGA